CCGCCCGGCCGCCCUGGGCUAUAAGUUCGCGCCGCGCGGCUAGCCGGCAGCACCGCACCGGUGGACUACGCCCGAGUGUCCCAACGCGUCUGAGCUGUCGCCACUAGCCUGGUCAUGGCCGAGGAGCUGAUCCUGGAGAGGUGUGAUUUGGAGAUACAGGCCAAUGGCCGUGACCACCACACAGCCGACCUGUGCCACGAGAAACUGGUGCUGCGGCGUGGCCAGCGCUUCCGGGUGACGCUACACUUCGAGGGCCGUGGCUACGAGGCCAGUGUGGACAGACUUACAUUCGGUGCUGUGACUGGCCCAGCUCCCAGUGAAGAGGCAGGGACGAAGGCCCGCUUCUCGCUGUCUGACGAUGUGGAGGAGGGAUCCUGGUCAGCCUCAGUGCUGGACCAAGAAGACAAUGUCCUCUCGCUGCAGUUCUGCACCCCAGCCAAUGCUCCUGUCGGCCAGUACCGCCUCAGCCUGGAGGCCUCGACUGGCUACCAAGGCUCCAGCUUCGUGCUGGGCCAUUUCAUCCUUCUUUUCAAUGCCUGGUGCCCAGCGGAUGCUGUUUACCUGGAGUCUGAGGUGGAGCGGCGGGAAUACGUCCUAACCCAGCAGGGCUUCAUCUACCAGGGCUCCGCCAAGUUCAUCAAGAGUGUGCCCUGGAACUUUGGGCAGUUUGAGGAUGGGAUCUUGGAUACCUGCCUGAUGCUCUUGGACGUGAACCCCAAGUUCCUGAAGGACUGUGGCCGGGACUGCUCACGCCGCAACAGUCCCAUCUACGUGGGCCGCGUGGUGAGCGGCAUGGUCAACUGCAAUGAUGACCAGGGAGUGCUUCUGGGUCGCUGGGACAACAACUACGCAGAUGGUGUCAGUCCCAUGGCCUGGAUCGGCAGCGUGGACAUCCUGCGGCGCUGGAAGGAACACGGCUGCCAGCACGUGAAGUACGGGCAGUGCUGGGUGUUUGCGGCCGUGGCCUGCACAGUGCUGCGUUGCCUCGGUAUCCCCACCAGAGUGGUGACCAACUACUAUUCGGCCCACGACCAGAACAGCAACCUGCUCAUCGAGUACUUCCGCAACGAGUUUGGGGAGCUGGAGAACAACAAGAGCGAAAUGAUCUGGAACUUCCACUGCUGGGUGGAGUCCUGGAUGACCAGGCCGGAUUUACAGCCGGGCUAUGAGGGGUGGCAGGCCAUUGACCCCACACCGCAGGAGAAGAGCGAAGGAACAUACUGCUGUGGCCCAGUCUCAGUGCGGGCCAUCAAGGAGGGUGACCUGAGCGUCAAGUACGAUGCUCCUUUUGUGUUCGCUGAGGUCAAUGCUGAUGUGGUGGACUGGAUCCGGCAGGAAGAUGGGUCUUUGCUCAAAUCCAUCAACAAUUCCUUGGUUGUGGGGCAGAAGAUCAGCACUAAGAGUGUGGGCCGUGAUGACCGAGAAGACAUAACCCACACAUACAAGUACCCAGAGGGGUCGCCCGAAGAGAGGGAAGCCUUCACCAAGGCCAACCACCUGAACAAACUGGCAGAGAAGGAGGAGACGGGGGUGGCCAUGCGGAUCCGAGUCGGGGAAAGCAUGAGCAUGGGCAGCGACUUUGACGUGUUCGCCCACAUCGGCAACAAUACCUCUGAGAGCCGAGAUUGCCGCCUCCUGCUGUGCGCCCGAACUGUCAGCUACAACGGGGUGCUGGGACCCGAGUGUGGCUCUGAGAACCUCAACCUGACCCUGGAUCCCUACUCUGAGAACAGCAUCCCCCUUCGCAUCCUCUACGAGAAAUACAGUGAGUGCUUGACAGAGUCAAACCUCAUCAAGGUGCGGGGGCUCCUCAUCGAGCCAGCUGCCAACAGCUACGUGUUGGCUGAGAGAGAUCUCUACCUGGAGAAUCCGGAAAUCAAAAUCCGGGUCCUGGGGGAACCCAAGCAGAGGCGCAAACUGGUGGCCGAGGUGUCCCUGAGGAACCCACUCUCUGAGCCCCUGUAUGGCUGCAUCUUCACCGUGGAGGGGGCUGGCCUGACCAACGAGCAGAAGUCUGUGGAAGUCCCAGACCCCGUGCCAGCAGGAGACAUGGCCAAGGUGCGGGUUGACCUGUUCCCAACUGAUGUCGGCCUCCACAAGCUGGUGGUGAACUUCCAGUGUGACAAGCUGAAGGCUGUAAAGGGCUACCGGAACGUCAUCAUCGGACCUGCCUAAGCGACCCUUUCAGCCAGCCCCAUCUCAUCUGCUGCCCACCCUCAACUCAACCUGGUCUUUACCCCGAGAUAAUGAGCUACUUUACUCCCCUAGGCUGACAUGGCUGCCUGGGGGGGGCUCUUGGGAAGGGACUGUACCUCUGGCCCAUCAUGUUCCUCUGGAUCUUCUUCCCCAUCUGUCCCCUUAGCUGUGAGGAAUGUUCUGUACCAAUACAGUGGGAACCCUGGCCUUGGAAGAUGAGAGCUAGGGGAAGAGGAGGACCAUUGCCAGCACUCUGUAUUAUUUCAACUGUUUCUAGAGCCUCGGAGUAAGCA